ACACUCACGGUCUGCAAAAGCCUCCUUCACAUUAUUUGGACCCGUUGCCUUUGCCUCCGGAGGAUCUGGAACCUGUACCUGAGAAAACUUCUCGGCCUGCCGACUGCUGCGGAGACAUGAAAUCGGAUACGCCUUCGUCUUCGUCCAUCGACCAAUCGCCUCAUCCUGCACACAUGAUGAUGCCUGGAGGACACAUGCCCGUAGGCGCGAUGCCUGGUGGCCUAUUAAUGCUGGACCUAUGCCUGGGAUGAUGAUGCCUGGGAACCCCAUGAUGGGUAACCCUAACAUGAUGAUGAUGGGCGUCGGAGGCGGUGUCGGCGUCGGCGGCAUGGUUGGAGGCGUCGUCGGAGGCGUAGGGCCAGGAAUUGUUCCCGGCCCAGUGGCGCCGGCCGUGGGCAGGGGCCGUGGCAAAGGCACCCGAAGGCCCCGAAAAAACAAGGCCAAUCAGCAGAAUCAGCAGCAGCAGGUCGGUGUGCAGGGCGGCCAGGCUGUUGGAGGACAUAUGGCUGGUGGAGUUGGACAACCGCAGCCUAAUGCUAACAUGAUGCAGAUGCAGAAUGCCCAAUUGCAACAAAUGCAAUACGCACAAGCCCAGCAAGGAAUGGCUGGACAACAGCAGUCCUCCCACCAAGGAUUUGGCCAACAGGGACAAACUGGCCAGCAACAGUGGAGUUAUCCCCAGACACCCAUGGGCCAACAGUAUGGCUAUGGACCAACACCACAAGUGAACCGAUUCGAAAGACCCCAAGCCAGCAACUCAAAACAAGCCAUAAGCAAUAUGUUGAGGCAAAGGCAUCCUAUGAACCAAUUUAUGCCGAGUGGAGCAGGAGCUGGUAGUCCUGCAGUUGGGGCUGGAGGUCCUGGUGGUCAAUAUCCAGCAGCUAUGGGGCCAAGACAACAUAUGAUCCGACAGCAAUUACGAGCAGGUAUGACACCAAAUACGAUGGGUAUGAAUGCAAAUCAAGGCAUGAUGGCAGGAAACCAGGCCAUAAACUCGGGUAUGAGUGCGAAUCAAAUGCCCGGACAGAACAUGGGCCAGAUGGGUGUGCAAGGUAUGGGAAAUGCUGGCAUGCAGGGCCAAAUGAUGGGCCAAAAUGCUAAUAUAGGCCAAGGACUGAAUCCUGGCAUGGCUAAUCAAAAUAUAAAUAAUCAAGGUAUGGGCAGUCAGGCUAGCAACCAAGUGAUGGCCGGGCAAAAUAUUAGUGGGGCACAACAAGCAAUGUUCCAGAAUCAGCAAUAUGGAAAUAUGCCUCAAGGUAUGAACCAAAAUUACCCUGGUUACACUGGACAACCUACUAACCAGCAGGCUAUGAUGGGCGGAUUUCAAGGCCAACAGCAGUUUACUAAUCAACAGAAUACGGCUAUGAUGAAUCAGCAGCAACGCAAUGCACAUGCAGAAUAUAUGGCGCAGAGGGUGAAUAGAGGAUCGUAUAUGCAGCAGCAGCAAGCACCAAAUGUGACAAUGAACACGAUGGGUGGACCUGCACCUCCGUAUCCAAGGGGCGGUCAACCUGGAUCUCAAAAUCAAGUACCACAAUUUCCUCAGCAAAUGAAUCCCCAGCAAAGCCAAAGGAUGCGCCAGCAGAUGUUAGCCCUGCAGCAGCAGCAGCAGCAGCAGGCCCAGCAGCAAGUCCAGCAGCAGGCGAUGACCAACACUCAGCAGCAGGGAAGUCCUGCUCUGGUUGCACAGCUGCAAAGACAGCUGAAUCAGCCGCAGCAGGCAAUGAUGAACCAGUAUUCGCAUCAGCCGCCUCCGUAUUAA